CGCGCCGGCCCCUGCUCGCCACCGUCCGAUGCUCCGUCGACGCGGCCAAGCAGGUGCAGGACGGGCCGCCGACGGUCGCGGCGGUGGAGGCGCCGGCGGGGCGAAGGGAGUGCUUCGGGGUCUUCUGCACCACCUACGAUCUCAAGGCGGUGAGCAGUCUCGAGCCGCCUCCCAUGACCCUCCCACCAUGUGUUUGUUGAAAUGUUCCUUGGGCUACUUUCUGCCGCUGUCUGCUUGGGUUGGUGCUGAAACAAUUCCUUUUCAAGCUACCGCUGCUGGUGUGGAUGAAUCCAUUUUCUCGGGGAUGACAAGACAAAGUCCUGGAAGAAGUUAGUGAAUAUUGCUGUGUCAGGUGCGGCGGGGAUGAUAUCAAAUCAUCUGCUUUUCAAACUUGCCUCUGGUGAGGUAUUUGGACCAGACCAACCAAUAGCACUUAAGUUACUCGGCUCAGAAAGAUCGUUACAAGCACUAGAAGGAGUAGCUAUGGAACUGGAGGAUUCGCUGUACCCGUUGCUAAGGGAAGUCAGCAUUGGUAUAGAUCCUUAUGAGAUCUUCGAAGAUGUAGAUUGGGCCCUUCUUAUUGGUGCUAAGCCCCGAGGCCCUGGAAUGGAGCGAGCUGCUUUGCUAGAUAUCAACGGUCAAAUAUUUGCUGAUCAGGGGAAAGCACUAAACGCUGUGGCAUCUCAGAAUGUGAAAGUCGUAGUUGUUGGAAAUCCCUGUAACACUAAUGCACUUAUAUGCUUGAAGAAUGCUCCAAACCUACCAGCAAAAAAUUUUCAUGCAUUAACGAGGUUGGAUGAAAAUAGAGCCAAGUGCCAGCUAGCACUAAAAGCAGGUGUGUUUUAUGACAAAGUAUCAAACGUGACUAUUUGGGGGAACCAUUCGACAACUCAGGUUCCUGAUUUCAUGAAUGCCAAAAUUGACGGGAGACCAGUGAAAGAAGUCAUUAAGGAUACCAAGUGGUUAGAAGAAGAAUUCACCAAAACAGUUCAAAAGCGUGGAGGUUUGCUCAUCCAAAAAUGGGGAAGAUCUUCAGCUGCAUCAACCGCUGUGUCGAUAGUUGAUGCUAUUAGGUCCCUUGUAACUCCUACCCCAGAAGGCGAUUGGUUCUCUUCAGGGGUUUAUACGACUGGAAAUCCUUAUGGGAUAUCAGAGGACAUCGUGUUCAGCAUGCCAUGUAGGUCGAAGGGGGAUGGUGACUAUGAACUAGUUAGUGAUGUGGAAAUGGACGAUUUCCUCUGGGGACGGAUUAAGAAGAGUGAAGCUGAAUUGCUUGCUGAGAAGAAAUGUGUUGCCCAUCUUACAGGAGAGGGUAAUGCAUUUUGUGAUCUUCCGGAGGAUACCAUGCUUCCAGGAGAGAUGUAGUAUAGUUACUACACUAACUGUGUCUUGAGUAUGUCAGUACAGUUUCCCGGGGGAACACACGCAGAUAGUUGAGAGAAGCAGCUGCUUGCAUUAUCUAAAUGUAUGUAUAUUCAAUAAUUAAUUAUGCCAUAGAAAUUGGACUAUGAUGCAA